AUACGAGGCGUUCGAAGCACGUCACAUAACGCAACUAGCAUCUGCAGCCGUUCCGCAACAUUUCUGGAGGAAACUUUACGAGAAGUUGCUGAAUGAAACUUUUGACGCUGGAAAAUUCUUUCAAAUUGUGGCCGAAGAAAGUGAGGACGGCACUCGAACCUAUUCGGUGAUCACUUUGGCUGAUCUGAAGGCUGAUGAUCCGAAUAAUAUAUUUUUGAUCGAUCAUGCGUGGACAUUUCGGCCACAAGUGGCUCGUGAGCAACUUCGUGUUAUACCCGGUCUGUUGGACCGAAUCUGCGCUGUUUUUGACAUUGAGCAUCGCGAAGAGGCGGAAAACUUCUCAGAUUAUGGAAGCGAAACAGAGGCGACACCGGAACAGCCACAUGACGGCGGAACGAAACAUCCGGAAAAUGGCGAUACUGGUGCGGAACACGGCGCAGCGGCCUCCGGAGAGGAAGCGGCUGGAGGAUCGCGUCCUCAGCUCAGACCAAAUUCAAGUUUCGUCGAAAGUAUUCCAGCGUCAGCCUCGUGUGGUAGUAUUCCGGUAGAGACUGAAGAGGAUCGUCGUAUCAACGCUGUUUUACACAAUAUG